AUGCUCGUAACACCGAGAAUUUUAGGUCGAUCUGUGGACAGGUGCUUGAAACAGCAUACAUCUCUAUAUGCCAUGAAGUCUUUUAGCAAACAAACUGCCAUUCACAACUUGGUAGAUGAAGAGCAAACUUUGGAUAUUGCCGCAAACUGCUUAAGAUAUGGAGCAGUUAUUGCCUUACCCACAGAUACAGUCUAUGGCUUGGCUUGCGAUGCAAACAACGAAAAAGCAAUUCAAAAGUUGUAUGAUAUCAAGGGGCGAGAAUUCCACAAACCUGUAGCGAUAUGUGUUGCGAAUCUGAAAGCCUUGCGGAAAUAUGGACGGGCCGAACAUCUUAGUGAGCAACUGCUGUCUAAAUUAUUGCCGGGGCCUAUCACAAUCGUUAUAGAGAGAACGAAAUAUCUACAUAAUCCCUUCCUUAAUCCAAACACUAGCAAAAUAGGCAUACGCAUUCCAGACUUUCCUUUUAUUCAAAAGCUGUGCGCUAUAUUCCACGAACAACCAUUAGCUCUAACAAGUGCAAAUAAGUCAUCUGAACCAAGUAGUCUUCAUAUUAACGAGUUCCAAAGCCUGUGGCCAUUGCUGGGAGGUGUUUUCGACGCUGGCCCAAUUGGUCUCUCAGAUGAACGAAGGUCUGCAUCGACUGUAGUUGAUUUGUCAAUGCCAGGACGAUAUAAAAUAGUACGGGAAGGUGUUGCCCUAAAAUAUACCAUUGAAGCCCUGCAUCAACAUGGACUUACCUCAAUUGAAUCGUCAUAGAUUUAUUUCGAAAACCUGUUUUAAUACUUGUACUAUUUUUGGUAUUGUGUUAUAUAGUUAGAGUUAUGAAUUAAAUAAAAGAUAUAUCUAUAAGAUAA